AUGCCGAAUCUAGUACUGUCGAACUUUACGUACAAUGUGCUUUUCUGCCACGCGAUUGAAACGCGGGAUCCGAGUCACCUUGAGAAUUUAUCAGCUGUUGUCCGGGCAUUGCAAAUUCUUCCCCGUGAUGCUUCAGAUAUUUACGGUAAGCAGCGUCGUGUCUUUGAGCUCAUGUAUAACGUGGCGUGUAAAUAUGUCGGCGAAUCAGGCUCUACCGAAGACAGCCGGCAUCAUUCUGGGCGACCAUCUGGAACAUCCUUCGGGAUACUUCUCGCCGAAGCAGGGAUACCCAGGCCAGGGGAGACGCAAAUGGAUACGGAAAUACAGAGCUUCCAAACUCAAAUGGAGUACGGGCCUGAUAUGCAAUUUGGGGGUAUGGGGUGA